CGCAGACGUCGAACAUUCGUUGCUCGCAUCGCUAAAAAUUGCAAAUCAUAUCACUGAAAAUUCAGUUUUACUCCUGAACCAGUCCGCAAUGUCAGCCACGCUUUCGCCAAACUUUACAUCGCACCUGUGCAGCGUGGAAGUGUGCGACGUACGGUACAACAUUCGAAUCCUGAAAAUGAAGGAUUCUGUGUUCAUCUACAUUGGAGAAAAUAAGGCGGAAAAUUUCGACGAACUAUCGAUGGCCAUGCUGACGGCGCCCGGCAACGAGAUGUUAUCGACCACCAUCAUGGGUGAUCCCGUGGGCUGUGGUUCGGAGGAGCUGGCGCAAAAGCUAUCCAAGAAACUAAAGAAACAAGUCUACCUGAGUGCCAAUGUACCGAACGAUCGGAUAGUGCGGCCGACGAUUGAGCAGAAGCUGUUCGAGGAGAUCAACAACAACCUGGAGUGUUUCUGAUAAUGCCGUUUGUCUGUAUCGGAAGGAAUUGAUGGGAGCUAAAUUGCUGACUGGAAUAAGAAAACUCUCACAAUCUUUAUUAUUAUUAGCUCAGUCUUGCUUGGCAACUCAGUUUAGUGACAUAGAUAAGGCUUCGUAUGAUGAUAUUUUUGUAAGUUUUUGAUGUACUGCUUAAAUAUAAG